GUCUUCCUUUCGGAGCCGGGCCCGAAAGGUACGACAGACCUCACCCGGCCCGGUCGCGCCCAAGAUGAGUCAAUAGGUCUACGCGGGAUGACGGCGGGCGUAAAGGGCGUAUCUUUUCUUCGUUGUGUUAUUGGGUGGGCGUUACUUGUUAUCAAAUUGGAGAAUUGGGGGAUAUAAUAUAAAGGAAAACACACAACCUCAAAAAGAUCAUUUUUGAGUGGCUUUAGAACUAGACAUCUGUUGCAGCACCAUCAUACCAUACAAUCCCAUCAAUCAUUUCAACAGGUAGAUAGCAUCCAACCAUGCCUCGCACUGAACUCGAGUAUCCCAAAGAGCCAUAUGGCACCGUUAAACGAUACAGCCCGCGCGCAUCCUAUGCCCUCCGCACAAUCCACACCAUAAUAAACACAAGCCCAAUCCUCCACGUCUCCUUCAACGACCCGCAAUCCCCCUUCCCCACGAUCCUCCCCAUGCUCGGCCAAAUGGGCUCCUUCUCCCGCCCCUCCGCCGACGAAGGCGACGUCCUAGACCUCUACCUCCACGGCUACGUCUCCUCCCGCCUCGUAAACAUCUCCCGCCAACCCUCCGACGCCUCUUCUACUUCGUCCCCUUCGUCUCCUCCCCCUCCUUCAGGCCUCCCCGUCUGCAUCGCAGCAUCCCACCUAGACGGCCUCGUCCUAGCCCUGACCCCCAACGCCCACAGCUAUAACUACCGCUCCGCAGUCCUCUUCGGCCACGCAACCCUCGUCUCCGACCCCGCGGAGCGCCUCUACGCGAUGCAGCUCAUCACGGACGGCGUCGUCCCGGGUCGCUGGGAGGCGUCCCGCGUGCCGCCCAACAAGGGCGAGUUAUCCUCCACGAGCGUGCUGAAAGUGCGCAUCGCGACGGGGAGUGCCAAGAUCCGCGAGGGCCCGCCGGGGGAUGAUAGGGCUGAUAAGGAGGAUGCGAAGGUUACGGGACGGGUGUGGACGGGGGUUGUGCCGGUGUAUCAGGUUCUUGGGGAGCCGGUGGCGGGGCCGUAUAAUGAGGUGGCGGAGGUUCCUGGGUAUUUGGGGGAGUAUGUGCGGGAGACGAAUGCGGUGACGAAGGAGGCUGCUUUUGAGGCUGCUCGGAAGGUUGUGGUGAAGAAGGGGGGUGAGGAUGAGUGAGGUAGUAUUAUGGAGACGGAGGAUGAAAGAUCUUUGAUUAGCAGUGCGAAGAGCGACGAGUUGAUGAGAUACACAAGGCAUGUCAGGGAGCCCUGAAGAAAUAUAUAAUAAACAGCGG